UAUUAAUCUCAAAUUUCAAAGCACCAUCUUUGAUCAUUUUCUCGUUAAGGAAAAGGUCUUCUCCCCAACUCUUCUCAACUAAGUAAACAAACAGACACUGAACGUUAAUCCCUCCAGAUCUUGAUAUACAUACUCCCUUCUACAAAUCCUCAAAACGACACACACCAUUUUCCCUCAAAUCCCACAAAACACCCAACAAAAUGCAAGAUCUUCAAUCUCCACCACCCCCCUCUCCUACCCCCUCCCCACACCCCCGUUCUACCACCGAUCUCUUCGGUGACCCAUCUGACCCGAAUCCUCCACAAUGGCUUAACCCAUCACUCUUCCAAUCCCAAAACUUCGAUCCACAAUCUUACAUCUCCGAUUUACGUACUUUCGUCCCUUUACAGACUCUCCGUACCGAACUCAAAACCCAUUUCACUUCCUUACAACACGAUCUCGUUGAACUCAUCAACCGCGAUUACGCCGAUUUCGUUAGUCUUAGUACUAACUUAAUUGACGUCGAUUCAUCUGUAGUACGUAUGCGCGCACCGUUACUUGAAAUACGUGAGAAAUUAGGUUCCUUUCGGGAGUCCCUUAUUGGAUGUCUUUGUUUGUUACAGGAGAGGCUGAAACAACGAGAUGAAGCUGGUGAAGCUAGGGAAGUUCUUGAACUUUUACUUGAUACAUUUCAUGUUGUGUCUAAAGUUGAGAAAUUGAUUAAGGAAUUGCCUAACUGUGUACCAUCGAAUGGGGGUCAAGAUGAUAGGGAGAGUAGGGAGAGUCAGAGUAUGUUGUUAGAAAGAAUUGCUAGUGAAAUGAAUAGGUUGAAGUUUUAUAUUUCGCAUGCUAAGAAUAUGCCUUUUAUUGAGAAUAUGGAGAAGCGGAUAAUGAAUGUGAGUUCAUUGUUGGAUGCUAGUUUAGGAAAUUGUCUUGUUGAUGGACUUGAGAAUAAGGAUGUGAAUGCGAUUUAUAAUUGUUUACGUGCGUAUGCUGCGAUUGAUAAUACUAAGAAUGCGGAGGAGACGUUUAGGUUGAGUGUAGUGGGACCUUUGAUUCGGAAGGUUAUACCGGAGAAUGCUGCAUCUGGGGUUGUUAGUGGAUCGUCUGGGAAUGAACUUGAGGUGGAUUAUGUUAAGAUUAAGAAGUAUAUAGAGGAUGAUUGUAAGUUUUUGUUGGAUAUAUCAUCUAUUGAAAAUUCGGGUUUGCAUGUUUCGAGCUUUCUUGCGAAUUCGAUUCUUAAAGAGGUUCAUUCUGCAAUACAAAAAGGGAAACCGGUAGUGUUCUCUCCUGGAAGGCCUAGUGUAUUUCUUAAGAAUUACAAAGCGAGUUUGGAUUUCUUGGCACAUUUAGAAGGGUACUGUCCCUCGCGGGCUGAAGUGGUUAAGUUUCGAUCGGAAGCUGCAUAUGUUGACUUUAUGAAGCAGUGGAAUGUGGGGGUCUAUUUCUCGUUGAGGUUUCAGGAGAUAGCUGGGGCUCUUGAUUCUGCGCUGAGUGUUGGUGGUCUUGUCCCGGUGGCGUCUGACAAGAGGAAGCCUCAAGAUUUGAUUUUAAAGCAGAGUGUGUCUCUUUUAGAGUGUUUGAGAUCUUGCUGGAGAGAUGAUGUUCUUGUCUUAUCUUGCUCGGACAAGUUCUUGCGUUUGUCUUUGCAGCUUAUUUCCAGAUUCUCAAGCUGGUUAUCUGCUGGAUUGGCUGCUCGUAAAGCUACUGAUAACGUAGGCUCAAACACAGGAUUUGAAUGGGCGGUUUCUGCAGUCCUGGAUGAUUUAGUAUACAUAGUUCAUGAUUUGAACCGUUUGGUGGAGGAAGUGUGUGGUGAUUACCUUGAACACAUACUUGAGUUGCUCAAGUCAUGCCCUGCUGAAGUUUGUGAUUUUGUUAAACAGAGUAUUUUACAAGGUGGGACGUCGCUAAAGGGCCAUCUGCCAAUUGUGAUGAGUGCAAUAAUUGACACAAUAGUUGAGAAAUCUGCAGAGGACUUAAGGCAGUUGAAAGGAAUAACUGCUACCUACAGGAUGACUAACAAGCCUCUCCCUGUCAGGCAUUCUCCAUAUGUCUCUGGAGUACUGCGUCCGUUGAAGGAAUUUUUGGAGGGAGAAAGGGCUGCAACAUGUCUGACCAAUGAGAUGAGGAAUGAGCUCUUGCAAGGUGCUGUUUUGGAAAUAACUCAACGUUACAAUGAUUUAGUGUCAGAACUUGUCAAUAUGAGUAGAAGAACAGAAUCUUCUCUUCAAAAACUACGUUUGGGUGCUCAAAGACGAGCUGGAGCAAGCUCAGAUGUCUCGGAUCACAAUUUGUCUGAUACUGACAAGAUCUGCAUGCAAUUAUUUCUUGAUAUUCAGGAAUAUGCACGGAGCCUUUCAUUACUUGGGUUGGAUGCAGCUAGUCUUCCACCUUAUCAAUCAUUGUGGCAGUGUGUUGCCCCUGCUGAGCGGCAAAACACAAUAAGUUUCUAGUUUUGACUUGGUUAUUUUAUAUGGCUACUUCGAUUUUGUAUCAAUAUCUCAUUCUUUUCUUAUUGUCUUUACCCUUUGUUUUAUAUCAUUUUGAUCAAACAGACGCAAUUGAUUUAUGAGAUCUCCUGAUAUGGUUACUGAUUGUGGUGGAUAUCUGAAUACUGUAAGGGAGAUUUUCCCAAAGUCA